AUAGUUUUUUUCCACUUCCGUUUUUUCUCUCUUACUCCCUACCCCUGUCAGGGGUACACACAAAAAUGCCUGCAAAUGGAAGGGCUGCUCCUCUAUGGCAUGUCACAGGCAGUUAUUUCUCCCCGUUCUUCCUUUCCCUUCGUUGUAAGUAAAAAUGAAGAAAGAUGAGGCGAACCUUAAAGUAGAAUCAGUAGGAAUAAAACUCAAAAAACAGCCAGCCUGCAAAUCGGGCAGCAAUGUUAACGCUAACAGGCCUCUAAAAGUGUACGGACAGGCUGCAAUCUCCCGAGCGAAAAAGGGAAAGGAUUAUCCCAAGACGUCUACACACAGCCCACUAAAAAGUGAUACCCAAAAUGAUAAAGGCAAAUCCUGCCAUGCGAACAGUGGGGAAACAACAUCAGGAAAAAAAACAGAAGCGAAAAAAGACAACACCAAUGUAUCAUCAAAAUAUCGCGAAUACACAUUAAACAAAACAAAGGGGGAUCACCACCCAAACAAUCAUGUUAACCCAAAUGGUGAAGGGCACAAAAGUACCAAGGGGAACACCACCCACGAAACAAAUUCAAGUGUUAAAGACAAAACACAAAAAAGAAAUGAUCCCCAAUUCAUACAAAUAAAAAGUGAUGAUAAAUACCUUAUCCAUCUUCUGAAGAAAGAAAAUGUACAAAUUCAGUCAGAAAAAUGUGAAGACGAUUCAGUGAAAAAGAGAAAAAAUGUCACCCCCUCUUCCAGUAGCCAAUCCAUGGAAGACAACUCAAGUGACGACUUUCAAUGCGCAGAUAUUAUAGAGCAGUUUAAAAAAAAAAAGAAGCGAGAAUUAGAGGACAGAAAGAAAAAACUAAUAAGGGAAAGAAAAAACAAGUUAAUAAGGAACCCAGUCUACAGGAACGCGGAAACGCAAGUCUUCCUUGACGACUUUACCAAAUAUUACGAGAAAGUAAAGCCCCAGAUUGAGAAGCUCGUUGAAGAUGUCCUAAAUCAAGCGUUAAAAGAGAUCUACGAAGACCAAGAGUUAAGUAAAAUAAUAAGCAAAAUAAACCAUUACGAACAAAUCAGACAGGACAAAUAUCAAUCCCUUAAAAACUACGAACAGAAUAGUGACAUGUUUUACGAACAAACGCAACAUAAAAUAAAAGACAGAAUCCUACUCAAAAAGAAAGUGGAAAUUAUAAUGAAAAAAAAGAUUGCCCAUAGUAAAGCCCAGAAGAACAUGCACUUUAUACUUCAGAAAAACUUGGACCUGUAUUCCCUGAUGGAUUAUUUCCCAAGCGGCUUGGAGAAAAACAUGAACCUAAUCGUGCUCCCAUGGCUGGAGGACUUAAUUCUGUACUUGAUGAGGGUGAAAAAGGAAAUAGUCCACUACAUCAUCGCGGACAUGAUAGAAAAGAGCCUUCUUUCCAGAACGGAGAUACUUGAGGACUAUAAGAGCCACCUUCUUAAAAAAGGACACGAGGAAGAGUAG